AUGUUUAGUAAUAUAUCUAAAUUUAUUCAAGUAGAUAAUCUCAAGUUAAUUUCAGAUUAUGUUCUUGCUUUAGCUAAGAUGUGGACCAGAGAUCUCACCCCUGAAGCUCGAUACCAAAUAAUAAAAAUUCUUAGCGACAUGAGUCCGAAUAAGAAAAAGUUCAUUGUUUAUUUAGCCUACCAAUUUAUGGCUAAAGAUGUAGAUAGAAUUUUAGGUUCAAACAAUUUUAUUAAAAAUUGGUUGCUACAAUCAAUGAAAAAUGAUGGAAUCUCUCAGAAUUUCCCUGAAAUUUUGACUUUUGGAUCAACAGGAUUAAACCUUUCGAACAAAUUGAUUAGCUUUGACUCACUAAAUAGAACCCAUCGUAUCCAUCGAAAUAUUAUUUUCAAUAAUUUUAAGAAACAAGGUACAGAUUAUUAUUUUAAUGACACACUAUGUGAAAAAGGAAGAAUUACAAAAAUAAAAGUAUGGUGUAAUCAAAAGGCAUCUCCAAUUGGAAACUUUACUUUCCACAUGCUUAAAUCUUUGGAAGAGGAGGGAAUGAAAAUCUUUGAGAUCAUAGUAGAUAGUGUUCAGAAAAAACAUAGAUCUUCAAGUAAAGGUUUGGCAUAUCUUGGUCAUCUUGAGUAUAGAUUAACGGAGUUGGAAAUUGUCAAUGUGUGUUGGAACCCAAUCGUCGAAUUAAUUUGGGAACAUGAUAAGUCAAUCGAUUUGUUCACUAAAUUCUGGCAUGAUUCCAACACUUACAAAACCUAUGUUUUAGAUCCAAUUGGUCCCCCAGUUAUAAUACCAGAAGAAAAUACAAAAUAA